CUCUCUCUCUCAUCGGAGAAUUGAAGAUUGGGAAAAACGCCAAUAAACAAUCACCGGCGACGUAAACCAUGAGCAGUACCGCAGGGAAGCUCGUGACUUCAAGAUCCGAGCUUGAUCUCGAUCACCCUAACCUCGAAGAUUACCUUCCUUCCGGUUCCUCUAUCCACGAACCACGCGGCAAGCUCAGCCUGCGUGACUUGCUCGAUAUCUCUCCCACUCUCACUGAAGCUGCUGGUGCCAUUGUUGAUGACUCGUUCACAAGAUGUUUCAAAUCGAAUCCUCCAGAACCUUGGAACUGGAACAUUUACUUAUUCCCACUAUGGUGCUUUGGGGUUGUUGUUAGAUACUGUAUCCUCUUUCCCUUGAGGGUCGUCACUUUAGCUUUUGGGUGGAUUAUCUUCCUUUCAUUGUUUAUCCCCGUAAAUUAUCUGCUGAAAGGUCAAGAUAGAUUGAGGAAAAAGAUAGAGAGGGUCUUGGUGGAAAUGAUAUGCAGUUUUUUUGUUGCCUCAUGGACCGGAGUUGUCAAGUAUCACGGGCCACGGCCUAGCAUCCGUCCCAAGCAGGUUUAUGUUGCCAACCAUACUUCGAUGAUUGAUUUCAUCGUCUUGGAGCAGAUGACUGCAUUUGCUGUUAUAAUGCAGAAGCAUCCUGGUUGGGUUGGGCUUCUGCAAAGCACAAUAUUAGAGAGUGUAGGAUGUAUCUGGUUCAAUCGUUCAGAGGCAAAGGAUCGUGAAAUUGUAGCGAGAAAGUUAAGGGACCAUGUCCAAGGAGCUGACAAUAAUCCUCUUCUCAUAUUUCCUGAGGGGACAUGUGUAAAUAAUAACUAUACAGUGAUGUUUAAGAAGGGUGCUUUUGAAUUGGACUGCACAGUUUGUCCAAUUGCAAUUAAAUACAACAAGAUUUUUGUUGAUGCCUUCUGGAAUAGCAGAAAACAAUCAUUUACUAUGCACUUGCUGCAACUCAUGACAUCAUGGGCUGUUGUGUGUGAAGUGUGGUACUUGGAACCUCAAACUAUAAGGCCCGGUGAAACAGGGAUUGAGUUUGCAGAGAGGGUUAGAGACAUGAUAUCUACUCGGGCGGGUCUCAAAAAGGUCCCUUGGGAUGGAUACUUGAAGUAUUCGAGACCAAGCUCCAAGCAUAGCGAACGCAAGCAACAGAGUUUCGCUGAAUCGAUCCUGGCUAGAUUGGAAGAAGAUAAGUGAAUGUAAAAAUGAAGUUAUUUAUUUCCUUGUGGUGUUUCAUUUUUCAAUUAGACAAAAACAAUCUGAUGCCUCAUGUUCUCUCUGUUUUUUCAAUAUACAAUGUUGUGAAUCUCUCAAUAAACAGAACUCACUUUUGCA